AAAUGUGUAUCAGUCUAAUCGGACUCCUUCGUAGAGAUUACCCGACAGCACGAUGGCAGAAGUCGCCCCAGCUGCACCCGCCGCCCCGGCCACUCCGGCUAAAGCCCCGAAGAAGAAAGCCGCGAAGCCCAGCAAGAAGUCUGGACCCGGCGCCAGCGAGUUGAUCCUGAAAGCCGUGUCCGCCUCCAAGGAGCGAAAAGGACUUUCUUACAUCGCUCUGAAGAAGGCGCUGGCCGCUCAGGGCUACGAUGUGGAGCAUAACAGCGCUCACAUUAGACGCGCCGUGAAGAGUUUGGUCGGGAAAGGCUCCCUGGUGCAGACCAAAGGAACCGGAGCUUCCGGAUCCUUCAAGGCGAGCAAGACCGCUGAGAAGCCCAAGAAGGUAGUGAAGAAAGCCGCCCCGGCAAAGGCCAAGAAGCCCGCGGCGGCGAAGAAACCCUCCGCCGCUGUUAAGAAGCCAACAGCCGCCAAGAAGCCCAAAGCAGCCAAGACCACACCGAAGAAGGCCAAGAAACCUGCGCCUGCCAAGAAAGCGGCGGCCAAGAAGCCGGCAAAGAGCCCCAAGAAGGUGACCAAGAAGGCGGCUACACCCAAGAAAGCAGCCAAGAAGGUGGCGAAGCCCAAAGCCACUAAGGCCAAGAAGGUGGCCACCAAGAAGGCAGCCAAGAAGUAAAUGUCGUAAACUUUACUUAACCCAGCAAACGGCUCUUUUAAGAGCCACCCAAGUAUUUCAUUGAAGAACAGAUUUCCAGUGUUUAAAUGUUACAUUUGUACUGUGUUUGUACUAAAUGACUUGUAUAUUUACAUGUAAAUAUUUAUGUAUAUUUGUUUGGGAGCUGAGAUCAUUCCUCAUGUGCGGGUGAAUAUACAUGUGAUUUUUCUUUUUUUUUUAUAAGAAACAAUGCACUCCUGUGCCUUCCAGCAUGUGUAUAUAAUAUAGAAAGUAGCGGUCGACAUUUUACCAGUCCUUAAUCUAUCUUCUGUUUUAAUGAUCUAUGAUAGACUGCGGCCUGUAGUUGCAUGCUGAAGUUAUAUGCAUGGCUACUAAGUCAUUUUUCUUUAUUUUUUCUCCUCUCAGUUGUGUAUUCAAUAAAUCCCUCCCAUUAUAAUAUAUGUACACACAUUGUGGUUUUUCCCAACUUCCAACUACAUUGUCUUUAUCAAAAGUAAACGUUUAUUUUGCAAUUACA